AUAUAUAUAUAUAUAUAUAUAUGAAUAUUCAAAGAGACAAUGGUGAUUUGACUUGUAGUGCUCUGAGUCGGCGGUGAGUAACAUUUAUAUUCAUUAAGUUUUCUCCGAGUUCCAUUGAUUCUGGCAGUCAAGGUUUGGGAGACCAAGCGGGGAUUACCAAGGACGUGUAGGAUUUCUAAAUUUUUCAUCUUCAGAUUCAACUUUAUCUCAAUAGCGACUAGAACAGUACUUCUAAAACUGUGUGAACUUUGUCGUAAAACUUCGGCGAUUAGUGACAGCGAGGGAUGCAUCACGUGUUUUAAGUGGUUUUGUUUGGUAGUGAAGAUAGUGACACUGGGAGGAGGGUGUGUCGAUCUGAGACAGAAUUCCAAGGACGUGUUUCUAUAAACAUUGUACAUUCUAUCCGUUAUCGAUUUCGUCAGAAUUUAUUUAAAGUCAGGACUCGUGAGAAAAAGACGGCAUUUUUUAGUUUGUUCAUGUUACUGCCAUUACUGUCAUAUAUAUUAUGUAACAAGGAAAAACGGACAAACCAUAUAAUGUCCUUGUGUCAUUUGGAUAUUCGAGCAUAACUGUGAAACCGGAGCGGUGCUGGUGGUUAAAGACAAAUCGACCUCAUGUGUGUGAUCGACGAUUAUUUUGCGCGUUUUGUUUAAACCUAUUCUAACAGUAGGCUUCCAUCAUGAACAACACUACUUUGACCGCGACUGACCAGUUGGAGCCCGUACCUAUAAUAUUUAUUUGGUCCUUAUUGACCAUCAUUGGUUUGACUGGGAAUAGUGUUGUCAUCUAUAUAACAAUUUUCUACGCCGUGAAAUCUGCUACAAAUUCCUAUAUUCUUAACCUGGCAAUAUCAGACAUGGCUUUCUUGAUUGUCGUAGUUCCAUUCACGUGCUUGGCGUUUAUCUUCAACUAUUGGGUGCUCGCCGAUGGUGGAUGUAAGCUGUUCAUCUUCACCCAGUAUGUCACAGUGCAUGCGACAUGCCUGACGUUAAUGGCGAUGACGAUCGACAGAUAUCUUGCCAUAGUGUACCCGAUACAGUCGAUGAACUGGAGAAACACUCGCGCUGCCACGUUCGUGUGUCUCGGAGUUUGGUGUGUAUCCAUUGUCCUGUCACUGCCGUUUGCUGUUUACAAUAAGGAGAAGGUGGACAGUCAAAACAACACUAUCUGUGGACCGGAUUGGCCGAACCAUAAUAUCGACAAAGUUGCCACCCUUGCCGUCGUAAUGACGUCAUACGUCAUUCCACUUAUUGCUAUCAUCGCUUGCUAUUCCAGAAUUUUGCUCCAUCUUUGGAGAGGCGGGGCUAAGAUGAAUAACAGACAGACAUCUGACGCCAACGGAACAGUGCCGUUAAGGAGUGCGGGGCAGCUCAGAAGAAAAAAGCGAGUGACAAGGAUGGUAGCCAUCGUCAUUCUCCUGUUUGCUUGGUGCUGGCUCCCAAUACAGUUUUUCACCUUGUGGUAUAAAUUUGAUCCAGACUUUCCUCAAAUUCCUGCUUUAUUGAAAUUCAAAAUUUUUGCUCACACGUUAUCAUACGCUAACUCCUGUGUUAACCCCUUUGUUUACGCGUUUAUGAACGAAGGUGUUCGAAAGGCUUUCCAUAAGAAAUUUCCUUCCGCUAGUAAAUAUUGUCAAUGUGCGAAAGAACCGAAGGAAAACCACCCAGAGACUAGCACAAUGAUCGACAAGGCCGUCAUGACAACUCGCGGUGGAGUAGAAAGCAUGGCCACCACUCAGUGCUCUCUGUGAUACGAGAUUUUCUAGGCAUGCUGGGAAAAUCAGAAGAUUGCUGCAAUCACGUGAUACGUGUAUGCAGUGGGACGUUGUGACAAUCACGUGAUACGUGUAUGCAGUGGGACGUCAUUUAAUUUUGCCGGAACAAAAUUGUUGUGCACUAUGUCCGCACUGUUUGAUAUAAAACUAUUCUUAUGCAGGUGUAUAUUGCCUAUGUUAUUCCGUUUUUUAUUUUGGGGCAAUAUCAGAUUUGUAGCAGUUACGUUUACGAUUUUUCCUAAUGUUUUUGCCCUCAUUUAAAACAUUGUUAUUUUGAUUUGAUACUGUUGCAUACUUUAAGGUGAAUUAUCAUGUACAGUGUAACGGGUAUAUAUUAAUUCUGUAAGAUCCGGAGUUACCUGUGGUAGGGAUCAUAAAUAUGUACAUGUAAGCUUUAACUUACAGAAGGAAACUACCAGACUAGCUUGACGUGCUUGCUUGUCGUCUUUUAGAGUUCUAUAUUUGUCUUUUUGUAUUAUAUGUCUAUGAUAUCAAAUGUCUAAAAUGAUAGGUUUACUUAAUGAGGAUUUAAAAGUUUAAGUAUUGUGAUCGUUUACCAAAGAUUCAUGACCCGCAAAACUUGUACUCAAAACCUUUUUUUUUUCCCUCCGAAAGUGCUGUAAAUUUUGCAUAUUCAUAUUGGGUCUAAAGGAAACUGACAAGAUAUGCGUCAAAGUAACCUCCCUGCUCACCCGGAUGUUCUCAUAGUGAGCACGAAAUGAACAAAAUAAGCUCGCCGAUUACUCCCCGUCUCCCUUCAAUACACAAAUACUUGAAUUCAGGCUACUUAGAGCUGAUUCAAAGUGUAGUAUAUUUAAGAUAUGUAUAUUGUACUUACAUGUAGAUUGUAGAAUGUGAAUGCAGAGCUUUACAAGCAAUCGGUAAUCAGGUCCCAACCCGUGAAUUGCUUGUUAAAGCUCCCCUUCAAGAUGUAUAUACAAGUAUCAAAACUGAUGUUUAGUGUGGAUGAAAAAGGUAGAUAUUUACAUGUACCUGUAGUAAAACAAUCAUGUGGGUUUUUUUUUUUUUUUUUUUUUUUUUUGGUAUAUUAUAUUCUAAAAACUGAUUGGUGUAUUUCAAAUGAAGAUGAAUGAAUAUAUUCUAUAUACAUAGACACUAUGCUGACCACAUGAUCUACAAACAGCCCGAACAGUCCGAAUGUAAUUAUAAUGCAUGUUGUUCAAGUAUAUAUGAAAUGUCAUCUUUAGAAAUUAAAAUAGAUAUGUUUGAACAUGUAUCUAUUUCUUUUUCAGCAUUUGUUUUAGGGUUUUUAUUAAUGAUCUGAAUGGUAUAUACGGCAAAUUGUGUUACAAUCAGACCGUGCAUAUCAUACCUGUUUAACAGCCUUUGUGGUUUUGAAAAAAGAACGUCUUAAACAUCGAUGUAGUAGUAAAAUGUCAAAUGGUAUCACUCGACAACAAUAUGUAGAUGUAGAGAGGGGAGGGGCAGUCGUAAACGCUCAACAAAUAUCGCAAAGUGCGAAAUAUACUAGAACUGUCGUAGCGAGACUAAUACUGCCCACAUUGCAGGACACAUUGGAUGGUGGGAAUAAGUGCAUGCUUUUGUGUUCAUUUUUAGGGAAGUUGGCUCCUCAGCUUUUGAGCACAAUUGCGCAGGUCGCUGCAACUUCUGUUAUCACAUAUUUACCUCUUUAUCCCGUGGAUAUCACUCAUACGAUAAAUCAUUCAUAUCCACGCCGUGUGACGUAAUGUGCAUAGGGACUGGAUCAGGGUGACAGAAAAAAGAUGAAAGUGGCACAGAUGAUGUUAAAUUCUUCAAAAGUUGAAAACAAUAAAUCUAUAUAAUUAUGAAGUAAUUACAUGUAGUUACGAGGGAACAGAUCUGCCAUUUUCAUUAUCUAGCAGGGUUAUCGUCUCGAAAAAGUAAAACAGCCGGUGUUAUAGAGCCAGACUUCCCUCCAUAGUGAGACUUCGCUCCGGAAGUCUGGCUCUAUAGUGAGUCUUCCCCCUGCGGAAGUUUGGCUCUAGAGUGACCCCCCCCCCCCGGAAGUCUAGCUCCAGAGUGAGCCUUCCCC